CUGCCGCAUGAUGCAAUCGAUGCGCGGCUCAUCGCCAAGUGCAGUUCACAACCUCUGGGUGGCUUGAUCUAUCAAAUCAACCCCAGUACGCUGCGCUUCUCGCUCUGCCGGAUUCUGAUGCGCGCCGAAGGUGGUGCUGCUCCUAUUGAUGGCAGCAACGCGGCCAACGAGUGCAAGGGCGGAACCUUUUCCAAAUAAAUGGGCUCUGGAAAGACCAUCGAGAUCAUCGCAUUGAUUCACGCUACAGAUGGUUAGCGGCCCGAUAUUGACCUCAUUCUCGCUGAAGACGAGCCCAUCGGCAGUGGUCUGGUUAGAAUGCUGGAGAAGCUGGACGACGGUUGCUUGUUUCCAAAUUUAUCUCGCCAGCGCCAGCGGGCUGAACGGCGAGCGCGCUGCAAAGGUCCUGCUCCGGUACCGUAUGAGAUCGACCCAAGGCCUGGAGCAGAGCAAUGCUCCCUCGACAAAGGAUGGGCCACCUUCCCGUCAGCUGCAAAUGCGAACCAUAAUGGCCAACGAGAAUCGUCUGCAUCAUUAUUAUUAUUAUUGCUUCAUCACCGAUGUCAUCCGCUUCAUUGCUACCCGUUCCAUCAAAUCGAACGCUGGUACUGCGCGAGUCUGCCUCCGUCGUCUACGCUUCCGAUCCGAAACACUGACCCACGCAGAGACCAGAAAGCUGCAUGCCAAAUACAAAAACGCGGUGUCGUCAACGACCCCACUCCCGGCAUCAGCGCUACCUAUGACUCCUGCGUGGCCGCGCAUUGUUCGCGUUGCAUCGCCUGUGACGUUCUCUAAUAGAGGCUCUCAAGGCGAGAUGGUCUCGAACAGUUUGCAAGGGCAUCCGCGAAAGCGGCCGAAGUUAUCAAAUGUGUGGAUAUCACCCAUGAACGCAUCCAUGACAAAGCUGCAACCACACACUCUCUCGCGUCUGUGUCUCCCUUGCCGGUACUUACAUUGACAGGCCCGUCUUGAAGAGCUGCCCAUCGACCGAACUGGCCGAAAGUUCAUCUUCAAAUGCCGGCAACUCGGACAUCUGCUUCCCUGAUGCAGACUCUC